CACCCACACACACACCAAAAAAGGAAAGCUUAAGAGACGGUCCAUUCCUCUCCAUAUAUUACGACUUGAUUAUAUAUAUAGUGAGUCCCUUGAAGAUUGAACAACUAAAAAACUUAGAGAGAAAAACAUGAAGUUUAGAAAAAAGAGCAAAGUACUUCUAGUUCCAUAUCCAGCACAAGGUCAUGUCACACCAAUGCUUAAACUAGCUUCUUUGCUACUUAACCAUGGCCUUAAUCCAAUAGUCAUCACACCAAAUUUCAUCCAAAUUAACUCUAAAGAAGAUGGUAUUUCUAUCAUUUCCAUACCAGAUGGAUUAGAAGAUGGAACCCCUCGCGAUUUCUUCGCGAUAGAAAAUGCAAUGGAGAAUUACAUGCCAUACCAUUUUGAAAAACUUGUUCAAGAAUAUGAGUUUAGUGGAAAAGAAGAAGAUGGAGUUGUGUGUGUGAUUGUUGAUUUGCUUGCUUCUUGGGCUGUUAAAGUUGCUAACAAGCUUGGUAUUCAAGUUGCUGGAUUUUGGCCAGCCAUGUUAGCUACUUAUAGAUUGUUUGAUUCAAUUCCAGACAUGCUCACAAAUGGAAUCAUCUCAGAAACAGGUUGUCCAUUGCACAAUGGUCCUAUAUCCAUCUCACUUGGCCAACCUACACUUAGGUCAGAUAAUUUACCAUGGCUUAUUGGAAAUACAACUGCAAGAAUUUCAAGAUUCAA